GAUGUUGUUCUGUUCUUGUUAAUAUGGUCUAUGUACCUUUUGAUCACAUUGUCAAAUUAGAGUCAUCAAUUUUGAUUGUUGGCUGAUUGUACAUUUGGCUAAAUAAGAUUGAAAUGAAUUGUGAUGACCUAAUGUUUUGUGUUAUUUACCUUGAUCUCUAGUUCUUAUGGACGACGACGGAUUGAACAUGAGAAAUUGGGGUUAUUAUGAACAGCCUCCUCUUAAAGGGCAUCUUGGUCUUCAACUCAUGUCAUCUUUGACGGAGCAGGACACAAAACCUUUACUAUUUGGGCAUGAUAAUCCUGUUAUUGUUCCAGCAACUGGGGUUUUUCGUCCCCGGGAUUUUGCUUUUACUGAACCCCCUGUCACACACUUGGACUAUGUGAGAGACACUUGGAUAAAUCACAGAGAUAAAUUUUUACAUAUGUUCCCUGGGAGCGUGUAUAAUUCGGUUCUUGCAGAACCAUCGGGAACUCAGAAUUCAAUGCAGAUGUUAAACCAGCCUGAUACAACCAAAGAAACAGAGGUGAGUAUUGAGGAGUCAAGUGUUCAGAAGGAUUAUGGCCGUGGAAAAAAAAGGUCAGUUGCUAUCACCGAUAAAUCCCCAAAGGCAAAGAAGUCUAGGAAAGGCCCCCCCGCAGGGAAGGAAAAUGGUAAUUCCUCUGUUCAGCGUGCAAGAAUAGCGAAAAAGAAUAUGGAUAUUGUAAUAAAUGGAUUUGAUAUGGAUAUUUCUGAUAUUUCAAUUCCGGUUUGCUCUUGUACGGGUACUCCACAGCAGUGUUAUCGAUGGGGGUGUGGUGGUUGGCAGUCAGCCUGUUGCACGACAACUAUAUCUAUGUAUCCCUUGCCGAUGAGUACUAAAAGACGUGGGGCUAGAAUUGCUGGACGAAAGAUGAGUCAGGGUGCUUUCAAGAAGGUUUUGGAGAAACUUGCAGCAGAGGGAUAUAACUUCAGUAAUCCAAUUGAUCUAAAGACUUAUUGGGCAAAACAUGGUACUAAUAAGUUUGUGAUUAUCAGGUAGAUUUAUAUCAUGGUUACUACAAAUGGAUAGCUACUGCGUCUGGCAUGUUUUAAAUGUAUUUAAUUUCCGGCCUGGCAGAGGUGUUUUACGUAACUUUACACAGUCCAUGAAUUUAUAUUGUCACAAUACAAGUUCUAGAAUUUUAGAUUUCGGUGAUUUUCAAGAACCAUUUUUUAGUUUGUUACAGAGGCUAGAAUAUUUCUGGUAUCUAGAGUCGUAUUAUGAAAGAAGAUUUGUUUUGUUUACUUCUGUACUUGAAUAUCAAGGAUUCAAGAUACACUUCUUUUCAUGCUUCGUUAAUUAUGACAUUGCCAAUGACAAUCACCAAUCAACUGUUGCUCAACCGGCUUUGUAUUGUUAUGGUAAUAUAGUUUGCUGCUGUAA